AUGGGGCUCGACGGCGCGGUCUUGGGGGUGGUGUCGAGGAAGGUGCUGCCGGCGUGCGGUGGGCUCUGCUACCUCUGCCCUUCGCUGCGUCCCCGCUCCAGGCAGCCCGUCAAGCGCUACAAGAAGAUCCUCGCCGACAUCUUCCCCGCGAAACAGGAUGAUGGACCAAAUGAGAGGAGGAUAGGGAAGCUAUGCGAGUAUGUUGCUAGAAAUCCUCAUCGUGUGCCAAAGAUCACAGCUUACUUGGAGAAGAGGUGUUACAAGGAGUUGAGAAAUGAGCAGUAUGGCUUUGUGAAAGUUGUUGUGCUAAUAUACCGCAGGCUAUUGGUCUCUUGUAAAGAACAGAUGCCCUUACUGGCAAAUAGCUUAUUAAGCAUCAUACAAACACUUUUGGAUCAAUCAAGGCAGGAUGACAUGUGCAUCAUUGGCUGUGAAACCUUGUUUGAUUUCACUGUCACUCAGGUGGAUGGUACAUAUCAGUUCAAUUUGGAAGAGCUUAUUCCAAGACUCUGCAAACUUUCUCAAAUAGUAAGGGACGAAGAGAAAGCUAAUGCACUCCGUGCAGCAGUCCUUCAAUCUCUCUCUGCUCUGAUCUGGUUUAUGGGUGAGCUCUCUCAUAUCUCAUCAGAGUUUGAUAGCGUUGUCCAAGUAGUAUUGGAAAGCUAUGAGCCUCGAAAGGUGCAAAGUGACAAUAGCGCCACUGAAAAUCCAGGUUGUCAGUGGGUGGAAGAGGUCCUUAAAACCGAGGGCCAUGCCUCUCCAUCUGCAUUUAUAUUUUCUGUGAUACCUUCUUGGGAGAGCAUAAUUAGUGACUAUGGAGGAACUCAACUGCUUAUGGACGAUGCCAAGGAUCCUUAUUUUUGGUCAAGAGUCUGUGUGCAUAACAUGGCCAAGCUGUCCAGGGAGGCAACCACAUUCCGCCGAGUUAUGGAGUCCCUAUUUCGCCACUUCGAUAAUACUAAUUCAUGGUCAUCCAAGAAUGGUCUUGCACAUUGUGUUCUAUUGGACAUGCAAAUGUUCAUGGAAAACUCAGGGACAAAUAUUAAUUUGAUGAUAUCAGUACUAGUAAAGCAUCUUGAACACAAGGCCAUACUGGAGCAACCUGAGAUGCAACUCAGCAUUGUGGAAGUGAUAGCUGCUCUUGCAGAACAAUCAAGAGCUCAGGCUUCAGCAGCAACCAUGGUUGCUAUAAGUGAUCUUGUGAGGCAUAUGAGAAAGACACUGCAUUUAGCUCUCGGCAGCAAAGAUUUGGAGGUAGUAAAGUGGAAUGACAAACUCCGCAAGGCUUUUGAUGAAUGCAUAAUCCAGCUGUCAAAGAAGGUAGGUGAUGCUGGGCCAGUUCUUGACAUGAUGUCUGUGAUGCUAGAGAACAUAUCACGCACUCCUCUUGUUGCUAUAGCAACUACCUCAGCUGUUUAUCGCACAGCUCAAAUAAUCGCUUCAAUACCAAAUUUGUCGUAUCAGAACAAGGUAUUUCCAGAAGCACUUUUUCAUCAAUUGCUGUUAGCGAUGGUUCACCCUGAUCAUGAAACACGUGUUGGUGCACACCGCAUAUUUUCUGUUGUCCUUGUCCCAUCUUCUGUUUCUCCCUUUCCCAAUUUGAAAUACCUAGAUCAGUGUAGAAAGCAUGAUGUCCAGAGAACACUCUCGAGGGCUGUAUCUGUCUUCUCAUCUUCAGCUGCUUUGUUUGAUAAGCUCAGAAGGGACAAAAACUCCUUUAGAGAAUAUUUACAUGAAGGAAGCAUGAACAGAAUUUUGCAUGGUAUUGAUGAUGAAACUGCUACUCCCAAUGACUUGCCAGGCUCGCAAAGCUUGAGACAAAACCUCAGAUUUUCUUCAGUGUCUCGGAAAUAUUCUUCUGCUUCCUUAAAGGAAGGUCAAAGUCCCUCGACAGAGUCAAUCAACGAAACGGAAAUGACUGUGUUAAGACUAAGCAGCCAGCAGGCCACUCUUCUGCUCUCAUCUAUUUGGUGUCAAGCUCUUUCUCCAAAAAAUACUCCUCAAAACUAUGAAGCUAUUGCUCAUACAUAUAGUUUGCUUCUAUUGUUUUUGGGAUCAAAGACAUCAAUUUUUGAGGCUCUUGCUCCCAGUUUUCAGAUUGCAUUUUCUUUAAUGAGCCAUUCACUUGGAGGAACAGAUUCAUUGCCACCAUCUCGCCGCCGGUCCUUAUUUACUCUGGCUACAUCUAUGAUUGUUUUUGCCUCAAGAGCUUUCAAUGUGGCGACUCUUCUCCCAAUAUGUAAAUCAAUGCUCAAUGAUAGAACGAUGGAUCCAUUCCUUCAUUUGGUACAUGAGAACAAACUUCAGGUUGUGAAGGACUAUACAGAAGAUCCAUCAACAUUCUAUGACUCACCUGAGGACAAUCAGAAUGCCUUGAAGUCUCUUUCAGCAGUGGAACUAACAAAUAGUUGCUCUCGAGAAUCCAUGGUCUUUGCCAUUAUGAACUCCAUAAGAGAUUUACCAGAUUUGGAGUUAGAGAAUAUAAGGAGUCAACUGCUAUGUGAUUUCUCCCCUGAUGACAUGUGCCCAACUAGUGCUCACUUUCUUGAAUCACCUGGCAAGAUUGCACGGCCAAGUUCUGAUGAUGACACCGACUAUCAAGAGGCUGAACUUAUCGAUCUGAGAAAUGACAGCAUUACUUUUGCGGAAGUCUCUUCAUCUACACUGACCGCUACAGCUAUUCCUGUGCCCACAACAAAUCUUCUCAGUAUCGAUGAACUUCUAGAAACAGUCGUGAAUGACACGUCAUCUCAGACCGGAGGGCAGUGUUCGGUGUCAACGGCCGGAGACAUCCCAUUCCAGGAGAUGACUAGCCACUGCGAGGCCCUUUCGAUGGGAAAGCACCACAAGAUGUCUCUACUCAUGAGCUUCAAGCAAAACAAGCAAGCGGCCACCAUCGUGCCUGACAAUCAGGUUUACCUCGCUGAAGCAGCCCAUGCCUCCGACAAACAGAACACAAACCCGUUCCUCCUGCAGAGCAUCGGUGCCGGCGAGGCACAGGUUGGUGGCGACGUCCAGCAGCCGUUCCUGAGGCUGCCAGCGUCCAGCCCCUACGACAACUUCCUCAAGGCUGCUGGCUGUUGA